CCCACACGUGCCGUGCCGCCGUUUAUUCAGUCUAACUGGUUGCAAACCACAUCAGUGUCGCAAGUUGUCUUGAGAAUCAACACUGACAUCUUAUUUCCGUCUGGAUUUUCGUGGUCUGUUGCAUCUCCACAGUGGCCCUCCCUGCAGCAGACAGAACCUAUACAGACCAUUGAUGUUGCUCGCCUAGGAGUUGCCAUGUGAUGGUGAUGGCGCGCCCUCCUCCAGACCCAUUGUACAUCCUGAGGGGUUCAGGGGCUGCAGUCAACACCCUGCACUUCAGCUGUAGUGGACAGGGGCCUCCACUUCUGUACUCAGGGUCAGGUAAAGGUGCGAUCCAUGUGUGGAACCUGACCACCAGGAGAGCAGAAUAUGUUCUAGAAAGCCAUGCUGGCAACUCCGUUAUCUGGCUACAGACCUUCAAUGAAAGCAACACCCUCAUUAGUCAGGGUCGUGACAUGCAGGUAUGCUUGUGGGAUAUGUCUGAAGGCCGCAGUACAGUGACGGACUCUCUCCUCACGGGCAGUGUGGGGUUCUGUCAGUGCUCUCUGCUGGAGACCUGUGCCGGAUCCACUUUACUGGCUCACCCUACAGAACAGAUGGAGGAUGUGAGUGUGGUGGAGAUGAGGAGCUGGACUCCAGUAUGCACUCUGAAGUCAGACUCUAAACUAGGCAUGCUCAUGUGUAUGAAGAUGUGGCAGGCAGAUUCUGGUCCGGUUCUGUGUGCUGGUUAUGAAGAUGGCUCUCUGGUGUUAUGGGAUGUUUCCAAUCGGCGUCCGUUUAGCUGUCUGAAGGCCCAUCCUGAGCCAGUCAUGUGUCUAGACGUUGACUUACACAGGCAGAAAGGCAUUUCAGGGUCUUCAGAGAAGAUUCUCCACUCCUGGACACUUGACAACCAGCAAGUCCUUCAGAUGAACAACUCCAGUCAUCUGACCAAUCCUGGGGUCUCCCAGCUGCGUAUCCGUGCCGAUGGCAAGAUCGUAGCAACAGCAGGCUGGGACAACAACAUCAGAGUGUUCGGUUGGAAGAAACUGAAGCCACUGGCUGUUCUGCAACAUCAUACUGACAUGGUGAAUAGUGUGGCCUUCUCAGACCAUCGGGACCCCCCACAGAGACUUUUGGCCGCAGGGUCUAAAGACCAACGGAUUAGUGUGUGGUCUAUAUAUAGCAAAAGUUGAGUCAGGCUUUGAAAGACAGAGGCCCUCUUUACCUUUUUCUUCAAACUGAUUGUUGCAAAUUACUGACUUUAUUUACAUACUUGAGCAUGUUGCUAAUAUAUAUUUUAAGGAAAGCAUAAAUAAGUGGCUGACCGCCAUUUAAACGCGUCCCUACAGCAUGGUCUCAUUUAGCAAGACUGUCAUUAUUUACAUGUCCUAAGACUACAUUAUAACACCCCGUUACAUGUUUCACCCUAAACGAACAAGGUUGGAUUGCUGAAAUGCUCUCAUCACACACCAAGCAAAAACAGCCAAUGUAAACAUACUCCAUCAUCAUGUUUUGUUGCAGUUUGUCACAAUGGCCGAUUGUUAUUUAAACGUGUUGUAUUGUCAAAGGCACAGCUUAAACCAUUCACUCUGAUCUGUUUGCUUUUCUGCAGGGUGAUGUGCUUCGGUAGGUGUGUAUUUACUCUUUAAGUCGCACCUGAGCGGCAAAGUAAUCCACCGCUGUUUUUCCCCAAAUCUGUCUUAGAGUUUAAGAUUGCCCUCUGGACUGACCUGCAUACAUCACGCAGGGUUAAUCACAAGGGCUCAGGCAGCACCGACAGGCCUGUUUGUUAGAAAGAUUCAUUGAGCAAGUUUCGUUUCAUUCUUCCCUUUAAGUGAAGGAGACUAUUUUUCGUCUGAAGACAAGGCUGACCUUUGUGUUUGGAUGUGGCCACAAGACAAACUGGUUAUUUUUGCAUUUAUUUCCUUUGCUCUGUGAAUGCUGGACAGCUCAGUCACCGGAGUAGUUGCAGAAAUUUAUUUCUGGUUAAGAUUGUAAUGUUUUUCUUUUCUGAUUUUAAAUAUUUAUUUUUUUUUCUUGUUUAUACAAAGAUUUUUAAUCGGCACUUUAGGUAAACAGAUAUCUAGCAUUAUUUAUACUUAUUGAAAAUGAGGUUCUUGAGUGCUCAGACAAUACUGAAAGAAUGCUUUACUAUUACAUUUAAAUAACUUACAGUUUAAGUCAGAAUUUUACAUACACUUAGAUGUAACUCAUUUUUUAACCAAUCCACAGAUUUAAUAUUAGCAAACUAUAGAUUUGGGACAACUAUAGAUUUGGGACAUUUAGGACAUCUACUUUGUGUAUAACACGAGUAAUUUUUCCAACAAUUGUUUACAGACAGAUUGUUUCACUUUUAAUUGACUAUCACAAUUCCAGUGGGUCAGAAGUUUACAUAUACUAAGUUAACUGUGACUUAAGCAGCUUGGAAAAUUCCAGAAAUGAUGUCAAGCCUUUAUACAAUUAGCCAGUUAGAUUCUGAUGGGAGGUGUGCUGAAUUGGAGGUGUACCUGUGGAUGUGUUUUAAGGCCUACCUUCAUACUCAGUGCCUCUUUGCUUGACAUCAUGGGAAAAUCAAAAGAAAUCAGCCUAGACCUCAAAAAAUUGUGGACCUCCAAAAGUCUGGUUUAUCCUUGAGAGCAAUUUCCAAAUGCCUGAAAUUAUAACGUUCAUCUGUUCAAACAAUAGUACACAAGUAUAAACACCAUGGGACCAUGCAGCCAUCAUACCACUCAGGAAGGAGACACAUUCUGUCUCCUAGAGAUGAACGUAGUUUGGUGCGAAAAGUGCAAAUCAAUCCCAGAACAAAUAAUAAUUAAUAAUUAUAUUUAUUUAUCACACAUUAUACGUUUGCACAUAUACAGUGAAAUUCUUUUUUUCACAUAUCCCAGCUAAGCUGGGGUCAGAGCAGCAAAGAACCUUGUGAAGAUGCUGGAGGAAACAGGUAGACAAGUAUCUAUAUCCACAGUAAAACGAGUCCUAUAUCGACAUAACCUGAAAGGCUGCUCAGCAAGGAAGAAGCCAGUGCUCCAAAACCACCAUAAAAAAGCCAGACUACAGUUUGCAGGUGCACAUGGGGACAAAGAUCUUACUUUUUGGAGAAAUUUCCUCUUGUCUGAUGAAAAAUUUUUUGGCCAUAAUGACCAUCGUUAUGUUUGGAGGAAAAAGGGUGGGACUUGCAAGCCGAAGAACACCAUCCCAACAGUGAAGCAUGUGGGUGGCAGCAUCAUGUUGUAGGGGUGUUUUGCUGCAGGAGGGACUGGUGCACUUCACAAAAUAGAUGGCAUCAUGAGGAAGGAAAAUUAUGUGUAUAUAUUGAAGCAACAUCUUAAGACACCAGCCAUGAAGUUAAAGAUUGGUCGCAAAUGGGUCUUCCAAAUGGACAAUGACCCGAAGCAUACCUCCAAUGUUGUGGCAAAAUGGUUUAAAGACAACAAAGUCAAGGUAUUGGAGUGGCCAUCACAAAGUCCUGACCUCAAUCUGAUAGAAAAUUUGUGGGCAGAACUGAAAAAGCGUGUGCGAGCAAGGAGGCCUACAAACCUGAUACGGUUACACCAGUUCUGUCUGGAGGAAUGGGCCAGAAGUCCAGCAGCUUAUUGUGAGAAGCUUGUGUAAGGCUACCCAAAAUGCUUGACCCAAGUUAAACAAUUUAAAGGCAAUGCUACCAAAUACUAACAAAUUGUAUGUAAACUUCUGACCCACUGAGAAUGUGAUGAAAGAAAUAAAAGCUGAAAUAAAUCAUUCUCUCUACUAUUAUUCUGACAUUUCACAUUCUUAAAAUAAAGUAGUGAUCCUAACUGACCUAAGACAGGGAAUGUUUUCUACGAUUAAAUAUCAGGAAUUGUGAAAAACUGAGUUUAAAUGUACUUGGCUAAGGUGUAUGUAAAUUUCUGACUUCAACUGUAAAUUGUUUGUUUUUAUAUUCAGGUAAUAAACACAUUUUUAUUUA